GUCCACUCCUCUCUCGCUUGCUCUCGCUCGCCACCUCCAAAAACCCUAACUCACUGAGCUUGCCGCGGCGCGGAGGGAUCGCGGGGGAGCUCGGAGUAGCACCGGGCGCCGUGCCUCGUCGCCUCCGCCGCCGCGUAUCCGGGGACCAGCGAAUUUGUUAUUGCAUCCCUGGUAUAGUGCGUGUGCCGAAAUGUUGGCAAAAGUAAAUGAAUCUGGUAUAAAAGAUUUGUCAGUCAACUGCAGUACAUCUGGUUUUCAACAAGAUGAUAAUUAUGAAUUCUCAAACCGAGCUUUACAACAUGGAUAUUCAGUUUCUGGACCGAUCUUUGGAGAAAAAACCUUUUCAGCAGCAACCCCUGAGUUUAUUCUGAAUAGUGCUUCUGCUGCAUUGGGAGAAUGUCAUCAAUUUGACCACUUUUUUAGUACUCUACGGCCUGGACAAUUUGAAGGAAUGCAGAUGCAAAAUGAUAACCUAGACAUCACCCACCGCAGCAUUCCUUCUAAUGCGUCCUGUCUUGAUCAUGUGGAAGAAAUAACUUCAUAUGAUACUGAUGGUUACGACGAUAGGACAAUCUCAUAUGGAAGUAGCUGUAGCACCAUACCUGCAAGUUAUCCAUAUAUUAGCCCUUUGCAAAGAAAUAACCACAUUUCAGAUACAAGGGACUGUAGUUGGACUGCUCUUAUGCAAGAAUCUUUAGAAGUGUCUAAUAGUAAUAAUGGACUCAAUGAAGAUUGCAGCGACUUGACUUUCAGUAAUACAGAGUUCUCAGGUGGGAAUACCUUGCAAAAUCAAGUUAUCUGGGACAAUGGCUGUUUAACAAGUCCAUCGUUUACCUCAAAUUUUUUGCCCUUCCCUGGAGAUGCUGAUGCCACAUUCACAAGUUCCAGCACUGUUAGUAAUUUACAAAAUUUUGUUGACCUACCACAUGAUAUGAAUAAUAUUGAGCAAGACAAUCCCUCUUCUAAGCUCAGAGUGUCCCAAGAUAAAGUGGCAACAAGAAGCCAUAGUUGUCAACAUCGAGAUAAAAUGCAUUCUGCUGAAUGGGGAACAUAUCCUGGUAAUGAACAAUCUUCUGGUUUGAUGCCGACUACCCAGCAUAGGCAGAAUAAAGUAUUGCGUGGACAGUUUAAUUCAUCUGUAAUCAAUAUAAAUGGAUCUGACGGUAGUGGCAAGGAAAAGCUACAUGGCCUGUAUGAAUCUGAAGAGCAAAUGGAAAUUGAUUCACUUCUAAAUUCAUUUAGUGCACCAAGUGAUGCUUUUUCACAAACAUAUGAAAUAUUCCAGAAAAGUGAAAGUUUUGUUGACGUUGACAAAAAAGAUAAAUUAGAGGAAAGUGUUUCUGUCUCAUGCUUCAACAAUACUGCUCCUUAUAUGCAAGCUGGGCCCCGUGAGUCAGCUAUAUAUAAUGGAUCUUAUUGCCACCAACAAUUUCAUUCUACUUCUCAAGUAAUUGGUCUAUUUUGCACUUCAGCAUCUCGACAGGAAACAACAUCAAGUUAUGUUUCAUCUUUACCUUUGUGUGGGCCCAAUUCAAUGAAUAGCCUGGGGGAAAGUGGUGAAGAUCACUUGCUCACGGUUGACCAUACUUUACAGCAUGAGCAACAAACUGCCUCUUGUGGUACUAGGUAUGAAUUGAUUGAUGAUGUUGCUAAUCCUGUUCUUGAGUUCACAAAUAUUUUGGAUGGCCAAUCUAGUCUAAAAAGGACAUAUAUAUGCCAUGAUGGAAGAGUGGCAACCAAUGAUGUAUGGAAAGGACGGUGUGACAUGACUGAAAAUAGCUCACUUGGAGUGUGUUCUUCAAACCGUACUGCGCAUUCACAAAUGGAGCUGCCUGUGACACAUACUACUCAUGUUCUACCUUCUCCGAGCUUGUCCAAUGAUCCCAACUCAUCAUUUAUCAGAGGAACAGACCAUAAGAAGGUCGAGCUAAUUGGAGCAUACAAUUCCACACAGAAUUACUUGGAGCUUGAUAAUUCAGAAAGGAAGGGCAUCAUUUCCCCUAAAUCUUUUGAACAAAAUGUUUCUGAGAAUAUUUGUAGUACAACUGCUGAAUACCAAUGCAAUGAUUAUAGCCAGAUCGUUGGUAAUCAGAAAAGAAUCCUACACCCACUGAAUAAAGCCUCACACUCCAGUGGUUUACCAACUAACAAGUUUGAUGGCAAGCUAGUUUCACCGGAAAAAAAGCGGAAAAGAUCAACUAGUCUUUUAUCGUGGCAGGCACAAGUCAUGUCUGGGUGUUGCAAGAUGCAUCAUAGAAGAACGCCUGAAUUGGAUUGGGCUCAUGCUACCAGGAGAUUGGUUGAAAAGGUAGAUGCUGAAAAUACAACGGCAAAAGAUAGCACCUUUGUGUCUCGAGCUCAGAAAAGACUUGCUCUGACGACUAGCCUGAUUCAGUGCAUACUUCCUGCUCUUCCACAUAGACUUCUUGCAGCAAAUGCUAUUAAUUCUGGUGAAACCAUCGUAUACCACACUUCUCAACUGGCCCUUUCUGAUGCAUUUAAUCCAGUUGUAUCUUCUAUCAGCAAGGCAAACAACUUCAUGCUACAGAACCAAACUGGCACUUCUGGAAAUAAAAAAGAUAAAAUCAUACCUGAAGUUCUGGAAACAUUCACCAUGAGGUUUGAUGAGCUGCAAAGGUCCUUCUCAAGAGCUGAGAGGGCAACAACAUUUCAAGAUUUGACAUCUGAGACACGGGACUUGGAGCGGUGGUCCAUUCUCCAUCAUUUUAUAAAGUUGCAUAGAUACUCUAGAUUGCAUGAGGAUGGUAUCUCGAAUCCUAGACCCAACCCCUGCAGAUCAACCAUCCGGAAGCAUGCUGAGGCUGUUGAAGUGCCAGUGGACUUGCUGGGUAGCGUUCGUUGUCGCCUUCUGAACUAGAGUUGCUCAGUCACUAACAAUUAUAGCCCUGUUCUCCCCUGUCCUCCGCUGCCCGUGCAAUGUUGUAAAGCCGGGCUGUUCAGGAACAUAUUAACUAUAGCACGUACUACCAUCCCCUUCUCCUACUAGGAGAUUAUAGAUCUUGAUUCUUGUAUAUUCUGGGACAAGGCGUGGGAGCAUGGUGAUGCCCUUUUGCGAAAAGUAUGCUUACUAAAUGAAACAGGCACUACGGCUGAUAGCAAUAUCUACUAAUUCAGGAUGUACUUGUUUUUUUCUAUUCUUCUUUCUUUUACCUUGAUAAUGGUAUGUCCAGCGGGUAGCUGGAGUGUGAAUUAUUCAAUUUUCUUGUCCAUAUAUUUGUACGGGUGCACAAGUAUGAAAGCAAAAUUGGUGACGCUAAGUCACUUUGCAGAAAACCUUACUGAUUCGGAACUCCAACUUGUUUGUUGGACCACCCAA